AUGUAUCUCUCCUAUGACCUGUGUUUGUUCAUAUGCCUUCUCUCAAAUAUCUAUAUCAAUGUGAAAUCGGCCAGCACCAAAGAUUGGCUUAUUGAAUUUCAUCGUCCAACCGAACCUGAAGUAGCCAGAACUAUCGCCAAACGAUACGCGAUGGUAUCUCGUGGUCCAGUAUUGGAUGACAAACAAUUGUAUCAUUUUGUCGACCUUAAACCAACACACCCACAAAGACGGAAAAAACGAGAUGUUAUUCAGGAAGAGUUUAUUCAACGACAUCACCUUGUUAAACGAGCUAUUCACCAAGUACCGCACAUCCGGAUGAAACGUGGUUAUGUUUCUAAGGAUCGAUUCGAAACAAGAAAUGGCGAUUAUCAACAACCGAAUGAUCCUUAUUUUCAAUAUCAAUGGUAUCUGAAAAACGUUGGACAAGCUGGUGGUAAACCUCGACUUGAUCUCAAUGUCGAAGAAGCUUGGGCACUUGGCUAUACUGGUAAAAACGUUACAACCGCUAUCAUGGAUGACGGGGUUGACUAUACACAUCCAGAUCUUAUGUACAACUAUAAUGCGGAAGCAAGUUAUGAUUUUAGCAGUGAUGAUCCCCAUCCGUACCCUCGUUACACAGAUGAUUGGUUCAAUAGUCAUGGAACACGUUGCGCUGGUGAAAUAGCAGCUGCACGCGAUAAUAAUAUUUGUGGUGUAGGCGUUGCUUACAAUUCGAAGAUAGCUGGUAUUCGAAUGCUUGAUCAGCCGUAUAUGACAGAUUUGAUUGAAGCGAAUUCUAUGUCACAUCAGCCAAAUUUAAUCGAUAUCUAUUCGGCAUCAUGGGGUCCUGUUGACGAUGGUAAAACUGUUGAUGGACCACGACAUGCAACCAUGAAAGCAAUUGUGAAAGGCAUUAAUGAAGGUCGUCGUGGUCUUGGCUCGAUCUAUGUUUGGGCGAGUGGUGAUGGUGGUGUGAAUGAUGAUUGUAAUUGUGACGGAUAUGCGGCAUCGAUGUGGACGAUCUCGAUCAAUUCUGCUAUCAACGAUGGUCGCACCGCUCUCUAUGAUGAAUCGUGUUCAUCGACACUUGCUUCAACAUUCAGUAAUGGCCGCAGUGAAGAUCCAGAAUCAGGUAGCGAUCGAAAUUUGUUUUCUCGGAAAGCACUUUCAUCAAACACAGCCUAUAUCAGACUUCAUAUUUCCAUAAGAAACUAUUCAUUUAGCAGUACUGUUUCGAUUCUCUUUCUAGGAGUUGCAACAACAGAUCUCUAUGGUCAAUGUACUCUGAAACAUUCGGGUACCUCCGCGGCAGCUCCGGAAGCAGCUGGUGUAUUUGCACUUGCUUUAGAAGCCAAUCGUCAAUUAACAUGGCGUGAUGUACAACAUUUAACAGUUCUAACAGCAAAACGCAAUCAAUUAUUUGAUCCAUCAAAGCAACAUUUAUGGCACACGAACGGAGCUGGAUUAGAAUUUAAUCAUCUAUUUGGUUUUGGUGUUCUUGAUGCUGGCGACAUGGUUCGACAUGCGAGACAAUGGAAGUCAUUACCAACUCGCGUUCAUUGUGCAGCUGGUAAUAUCACAGGACAACAGAUAAUUCCUGCCAAAGCAACCUUGAAGUUAACGAUUAGUACGGAUGCUUGUAAAGAUACGAAAGAUGAAAUUAAUUAUCUGGAACAUGUUCAAGCCUUUGUUACACUGAAAAGUAGUCGACGAGGAAAUACAGUUAUCUUUCUCACAUCACCCUUGGGCACCAGAUCAUUGAUCUUGAGUCGCCGUCCGUUAGACGAUGAUUCUAGCAAAGGUUUCUACAAGUGGCCAUUUAUGACUACCCAUGCCUGGGCCGAACGAGCACGAGGUAUAUGGACACUUGAAAUACGUUUUGAUAACGAUGAUUAUGCUAAUGCACCAUUAACUGCGCAUCAGAAUCAAACAGCAUCAGAUAAGAAAGAAAGUCAAAAGGCGACAACCGGUGAAUUUUUCGAAUGGUCCUUAGUUUUACACGGAACAAAGACGCCGCUCUACGAAAAUCAAACUCCGUUGAAAGAGCACGGCGAUAAAAGUAAAUUAUACAUCACAAAACAGAUUCAUGCGAACAAUUUUCGAGACAAGGCAAAAUAUGUUAAGUUGUUACAACAAGACAAUCAAAAACGUUUGGGAAGUGAUGAUGAAAUGACAAUGUAA